AUGUCAAAAAUUGAUUCCGCCUCCGAAACCGUCACCCAAACCACUCGAUUCCUAUUAACCUCAUCCAACUAUACGAUAUGGGUUCUCCCCAUGUCCGCGAAGCUCGAAGACAUUGGUAUUCGCACUUAUGUAACCGGCGUACUCAAAACCAAUGAAAAGACCUCGGCUGAUGAGUUAGCUCAGAUCGAUAAACUCAACAUAAAAGCGUACUCGAUGAUCAUUCAAAACCUCGACUCGGAAAAUCUAGCCCUCGUCAGUACCACCUUGCCGCCUAGCGAUCACUUUGACGGCAAAGCUCUAUGGUCCUUGUUAAGAAGAAAGUAUGCUGGCUCCGAUCUUGCUGCUCGAUCAGUCGCUCUCGAUUUAUUUCUCGACCUUGAAUUCGAAGAUGUCUCCUCCUUCUGCAACUCAAUAAGAUUAGCCAAUCAAAAACUCUUACUCGCUGGCAUCAUGCUAGAUGAUCAAGUCAAAAUGAUGAUUAUGUUGCGAAAACUCCCUCGAGAAGACUUCCGAUCAUUCCGCGACAUUGUUGCGAUGGGAUUCUCAACCGAAUCGUUUGAAGCAAUCGUCAAACGUCUCGAAUCCUACUCUGUCACCAACAAGAUCAAGAAAGAAACAAAGAAAGAAUCAACGAUCGAUCGUCCAAUGACGUUACUUACUCGGGAUCAGUCCACCUCUCAGCCAAACGAACCGACUCCGUCCGUUUCGCCCGUUUGCGUUCACUGCAAGAAAACCGGUCAUCGACCAACUAACUGCUGGGUUAAGUACCCUGAAAAGUCUCCGAAGUCCCCUCACAGCUCUCACUACACCCACUACAUCCAUGCAUCUGGUGAACUCCGUCCCAUCGACGAGCAUUGUCCUCAAGAAGUCCGAUUCUGACGAACGAUCAAUCUUUGCCGUUCCCUCUCAGCGAUGAAAGAAACUUGUCCCCAGCAAGAGCGAUCAGUUGUUCUCUCGAUUCAGAAGGCAUGAGUAGCGGGGGGUGUUGGAAUUUCGACUCUUCCCUUCUUCAUCUCCUUCACUUCUCCAUUCUUUUAUAUCUCUUUCUUAAAUUAAAACCCUCAACUACUAAUAAUUCUAUAGUCUG